AUGAAUAGUGUGACGAUCAAUAUUACACCCAGCACCCCAAUGGGUAGUAGAUCAUCUUCCAAUUCCAAUUCUGAAGAAAACUUAGUUUCAGAAUGUGGCGAUUUUGAGACAGCCAUAUCGGUGGCAGGUUUUGGAAAGUUCAAUUUGUUUUUGGCUCUAAUAGCAACUUUCACUGGAUUGGCUACUGUAUUUGAAUUGAGAUCAAUGUCAUAUAUCUUACCAGCAGCAGAAUGUGAUUUGAACCUCAGCCUAGAAGAAAAAGGAAUGCUCACUGCUGUUAGCCUUGGAGGUAUGGUGGCCACUGGAUUCAUUUGGGGCUAUGUAGCUGAUACGAUGGGCAGGAAAAAAUUGAUAAUCAUCGUUUGCUUCCUCGACUCUUUUUUUUGCAUGGUUGCAGCUUUAUCGCAAGCACUAAUACCACUGAUGAUGGCUAAAUUUCUCGGAGGUAUGAUUAUAAGUGGUGUUCAUGCUUGUUUGACCUCAUACCUAACUGAGUUACAUGGAGCGAGAUAUAGGUCAAUUGUCCAGUUAUUUUUGGGCAAUAUAGCAGGACUAGGCGACCUACUCUUACCCAUAAUAGCAAUGACUGUUCUUCCAAGCGAAAUAAAUUUCAAAAUUUCUGACCACUUAGUCAUCAAACCGUGGAACAUUUUCCUCUUGAUUUGUGCUGUUCCAUCAUUCGUUGGUGCCAUUGGGUUUAUGUUUCUACCUGAGAGUCCCAGAUUCUUGAUGAGCAUCAACAAAAACGAUGAAGCCUUGGAAGUAUUCAGGUCCAUCUAUAGAAUCAAUACUGGCAAUCCAAAAUUCACCUACCCAGUGAAAUUUUUGAGUUCAGAGAAGGAACUUAAUUCCCACCGAGAACUGGCAGUAGAUCACUUGAAAUUAGGAAUAUCACCUACCAACGCAGCAGAAGAAUGCUGGCGUCAAAUAGAACUCAUGUUCCAUUCGAAGAAUUUGAAGAAUAUCGUGCUGAUUGUGAUUAUCCAAUAUUUAAUAUUGAUGAGUUCUGAUUCCGUAGAACUAUGGCUUCCUCAAAUUUUCGAGAAACUGUACUAUUAUCAAGAGACCCAUGGAGGAUCUGCUAGUAUUUGUUCUGCACUCGAUGAACUUCAGAAAGGAUCCAACGCUGAUAAACUGUGUGAGGAGGGUUGGAAUCGGAAGCAGUUUGUCUACGUGUAUUGUAUGGCUGCUGCCUUCUCCACAUUCGCAGUAUUCGCUCUAUCAGGAGCAGUAGUGAAUUUCUUGGGAAAAAGAAAACUACUGAUGAUUCUUGGAUCUGGAUCAGCAUUGUCAACUUUAGUCUUGGCAUUGUCAGAAGACAUUGUUUUAGCUGUUCUACUAACUUCAGUAAUUAUUGCUUUCGGAAAUAUCGGAUGCAAUGCUGUGAUUGGCAUGGUUGCUGAUUUGUUCCCUACAAAUUUAAGGGCAAUGGCAGUUUCUUUGGUGAUAACAUUUGGUCGUCUCGGAGGAGCAAUUGGAUGUUUUAUUUUCCCGCUGUUCUUGCAAUAUGGAUGUGCUGGACCACUUAUAUUCAUCGGGAUUGCUAUGAUAGUUUGGACUCUUCUGAUGUAUCCAUUGCCAGAAACGGACAUGAAGACCUUGGAAUAA